AUGGCUCAGACAUGGGCAGUUCUGGCUGCACUCCUUUUCUUGCUAAUAAAUCUGGUUGAAAAGCCAGCUCACAACAUUGUGAGUGUGGAGGCUGGUCAUGAGGCUGCGUUGAGUUGCCCUUACACCUCCAAGGUGUCUUUGCUAAUGGUGAUGUGAAAAAUAAAAUGCAGCACUUGCUCCUUGGCCUGUAGAAGCGAUCACAAUGAGACAAGGAAUUGCAGUGAGAGGAUGAUGUGGAAAUAUUCACCUGACAGUGACCCCGCUCUUUGUAUUUACCCUGUGAACCUUGGUGAUGAGGGAAACUACACCUGUGAAAUUGCCAGCAGCGCAGGGAAUUUUCUUUUUUUCUCUUCUCUGACUGUGAUAGUCCCUCCUACAGUGAAUCUGACCUGUGACAAGAGCAGGGUGGCUGCCUGUCCAUCUGUUGGAAAGCCAGCUGCUGACGCCUCCUGCAUCCCUGCAAGCAAUCACGGCACCGAGGAAGAAGUCCAUCACCCCAAUGGAACAGUGACCAGAGUGAGCUACAUAGGCUGGGUCAACAGCAUGCUUCCCACUGCCGCCUGCCUGGUUACGCACCCCGCUACAAACCAGACCUCUUUCUUUUCUCAUCUCUCAGACACUUCCCCCAGGCUUCCCUAUCUCCUGAUAGGAGGAUCUGCAAGUGUUGCUGCUGUCAGUGGUGUGACUUUAUGCUUGACUUUCAGGUGCAGAGCUUUCCAGUUGCGUAAAUUGGCACAUGGGUCAGCAGUACCAUUUACAACUGAGAACUUCAGGUCCACACUGUCACGUGAGAAAGUAGCUGUGGUCAAACCUCCUGUCUUAUCAGAGAGUAUCUAUCAGAAUUACAAUCCAAGAAUGAUAUAUAUGAACUGUUAA